GGGGACUUCUUAUAUACUGUCUAUGUAACAAAUAUGGUUGACGUGGGAAGGAGCCGAUAAGGUUUGCGACGCCACACGGGAGAUACGUUUUCGUGCCCUAGCUAAUCGGACAGCGUUUAUUUUAGUCUGAUAUGGAUGAUGUGGAGAUUACAGACGUCAAUGACGAUGGCUCGCCCUACCAGGUGGAGAAGGCGCCCCUCAAAAACCAGGAUCUGAGUUCCAUAAGCGUAACUGUAGGAGAGCUUGUGUCCCAGUAUGGAUGGUACCUGCUGGUUGUGACUGUUCUGGUCUACCUGCUCAUCCAGCACCUGAGCAAGAGGAGAUCCAGCCAGAGCUCUCGCAGCUCCCCCCCACAAACACCGCAAGAUGCCGUGUUAGUGGCAAGAAGACAAGAAGCCAUGGAAGCAGCUCGGAGAAAGAUGCAAGAGGAGCUUGAUGCCAAAGCUAGCAUCUUCAGAGAGAAACAGAAACAGCAAGAAGAAGAGAAGAGGAAGCAGAAAAUAGAGAUAUGGGAGUGUAUGCAACAGGGAAAGAGUUACAAAGGAACUGCACAACCUUCUCAGGCCACUGGAGAGGCCAGCUCAUCAACAACAGUGUUGAAACCAAAGGCAGACAAGAAGCCACUUCGCGGUGCAGACUACAAUCCCCUGACUGGACAGGGAGGAGGCUCCUGCUCCUGGAGACCUGGCAGGAGAGGACCGUCAUCUGGUGGAUGAGGUUAAAGAAGGUCAGAGACAUUGGUCUGUAUGACCUUUGACCUCUGACAUCCUGAUGGGCACACUGACUGACUGAACCAAGCUGACAAUAGCACCAAACCCACGCUUUAUAAAAAUGUUUUUUUUUUUUUUUUUUUAACUUGCUCCAUACUUUCAGUGGGUGUUAGCAUCGUUGGUAGCAUAUACCUGCUAUCCUGUCUGCUUGUUUAUUCACUCUCUAAUCUCUCUGCCUUAUUAAGCAUCAAAGAUACUGUGAUAAAAAUGAAUCAUACUGAAAUACAAUUAAUACAUACAAAUGCAUUUUGGAAUUGAAAGCUUAUAAUGACGCCAUUCCUGUAAACGGUAUGUAACCAUUAGGUUUGGCUGAUGAAUUUCACAGUCAGUGUGUUUUUUCUCAUAUAUAUGUUUAUGUGUACCACCAUAGCUUUAGACUUGAUAUUACUACAGCAGCUGUAGCUGGUGGGCAUAUGGUUAAUUAGUUAACAUUUUGAACAAAAUGUAAGGAGGGUAUGUCUGUUUUUUUUAUGCAAUAAAGAUUUGGUCACUGGG